UGCAACUCGAAAAACAACGGGCGUAUGACCCAUCCUUGUAUCCAACCCGACCCGAACACAAAGUCAGGCACAGAGAGAAGACACACAAAGAGCCCUAGUGCCUGUGAGCCGAAACCUGAAAUGGCGAUACCGGACGAAACAACAGCAGCGAAGGUAGAACCGGAGACACCGUGGGGGACAUGGGAGGAGCUCCUGCUAACUUGCGCUGUCCGCCGUUACGGCAUCGAAUCCUGGGACUCCGUCGCCGUCGAGAUCCAAAAGCGGAUCUCCUCCACCCUCCGCCACCACCUCUUCACCGCUCACCACUGCAAACAGAAAUACCUCGACCUCAAACUCCGAUUCACUCCCCAAACCGACGCCGUAUCCUCCAACGACAACGACGACGCUGUUCCUUGGCUCGAGGAUCUCAGGAAAAUCCGAGUCGCCGAGCUCAAACGCGAACUCGAACGCUCCGAUCUCUCCAUCUUGUCGUUGCAAUCGAAGGUGAAGAGAUUGGAAGAGGAGCGAGAAGAGAGCUUGAGAGAGGACGAGAAUGGCGGAGAGAAGUCAGAUCUGGAGAGGAAGAGUGAUGAGAGAGAGAGCGAGGAGGAAGAGAAGAUAGAACAACACACUGAACCGGAGAAAUCGUCGCCGGAACCGAGCGCCGGCGAGGAAUCGGACCGGAAACCGGAUCAGACCGGUGAACCGAACGGUCCGGGUGUUUCAGGCGGUUCAUCGAAGCCGGUUGGGGAGAACUCGUGUAAUGGUAGCUCAGAUAGUAUAGAAAAAGAACCGGUUCGGGAAUCGGUGAAGGCUGAACCGGAGGGUGGAGUGAGUGACUCGCCCGGGUUGCUCGAAUCAGUGGCUGAGUCGAAGGGUGGUGGAGUUGGAGAAGAGAGUAGCGAUGUGCAGAGCUCGGCGAGUCGAUCGAGAAAGGAAGGAGGAGGAGGGUCUGAUAAGGUGCGAUGCCGUACCAUUAGUGGUGAUGAGCCCGAGAAUGAGGAUCAAUCACCUACCGUUAAAAGAAAGUCCAAUAAAUCACUGCCGUUGGUUGAUUUCCUCGAGACUGUCCGGUCUCACAAGCUCGGCUCGGUCUUUGAGCGCCGGGACGAGAGCCAGGAAACCACCCCCAAGUACAGGAACUUGAUUCGGCAACAUAUAGAUCUCGAAACUAUGCAAACGAGGCUUGAAGAAGGUUGGUAUUCAGGCUGCCACAUAAAGUUCUUUCGUGAUCUGCUACUUCUCUUAAACAAUGCUGUCCUCUUCUACGGCAAAAAGUCCAGAGAAUCUGCUUCUGUCAUUGAGCUUCGGAAGCUGAUUACCAAAGAGAUGAAUCAGAGAAGUCUCAAGUUGGAUUCAUCAUCCGAGGAACAACCACCUUCAUUGCCACCUGCAUCCCUUGCCCCAAAACCCGAGCCCGAGCUAUCUGAUUCUUUGUUACUAAAACAAAAGUUACCAGGCCCAUCGGCUUGCCGCACACGCAGCUCACUCACUGCAAAAGCAACGGGAUCAUCCUUAGCAGCUGAUAAAAAGCGUGAGCAAAAAGCAGCAUUGCUAGAGGAAAAACCCAUUCUGGACUGGAAGCAAUCCAAAUCCUCAGGUAAUGCUGAAGAACAUCGAGUCACAAAGAGGAGAACCAGAGACUGGUUUGGUUCAGGUUCAAGAAGCUCAAAUAAGAAUGGCACCAGUCAUAGUAAUGCCAACCCCAACAAGAAUUCAGAAGCCCGAUCCAGCCAAAACCAAGGCAAAGGAGCGUCUUCAAGUGAGCAUUCAGAGCCCAAAAGCGAGAACACCAAUGCUAUGUCGGGUGCGAAGAAGAGAAGCGCAGCUAAUUUCUUGAACAGAAUGAAGCGGAGCUCAUCCACUAACAACGGGUCAUUGCCAGAUUCGUUGAAGAGCUCAGCAGUUAGUUCCAACAACAAUAACAAGGGAGGAGGUGCUGAGCAGAGGAGAGGUGGGAAUGGUAAGGCUGAGAUAAGGAAAGAACAGAGCUCGAGGAGGGGGUCGGGAGGGAAGCAACAAGCUAAGGAGCAGGCGAGUGCGGCAAAGAGAAGCAUUGGUCGGCCGCCAAAGAGGGCAGCGGCACCUCCACCUUCCACACCAGCUCCAGUUUCAGGGAAACGGGGUAGGGAAGGAGGGGAUACCGAAACUUCAAGAAAGCCUAAGAAAAGGUCAAGGAGGUGAUGAUGGCUUGGCGACCUUUGUAUAUUAUGUAUGUAAUAAAUGUCUUAUUGUAACUUACCUUUUUCUUUUUUCUUUUUUCAGGUUAUGUUGCCCUUUUUAUGUAUUUUGUUAUUUAUUUGUCGCAAUGGGAUUUUACUCCUUUUGUAUUAACAAAUUGCAGCAAAAAAUCUCCAUCUCUGAGAUGUGUUUGGCUCC